AUGGGUCAUUCUAAUUGGGCGCUUAUGUGGAGCGGCGAUGAGCUGAUACUAGUGCCCAUGUCGGCCAUUAAUUGGUCAUGGUUUAAGGACACAAAUGUCCCAUUGAGCCCGCAAAUCAAGCUGUUGCUUGGCUAUAGGCAGUCAAAGCCUCGUGCGCGGGAAAAAAAAAUGCAAAUGAAGAGGAGGCAUAAACCACGGCGGGCGUUGGAACGCGCGGCUGGUGGUGCCAACAAUCGUCGCGUCGACAGCGGGGAUGAUGAGAGUUCCACAGAGGAUUUUGUACCUCAUUCGCAGGCGAUGGAUCGCAGUCCAGUGGUACGAGCUCGGACUCAGAGGUUCUUUCUGGGAUCAGUGAUUGUCCGGAUGUCAUGUCAGAUUCAGAUGUUUCAAGUGAUGAGAACAUUUCGUGACCAACUAUGGGGUACCAACCGCCAGGUAAACAAUCACAGUGUACAGAAACACAAAGAGAGGUACAAUCAGACCCACAAUCGAUCUACACAAGACUAA